UUGUGUGUCACCGUUCAAGUGUGAGUGUUCUAGUAUAUAAGUGACUCUUGGCCAGGGUAUCAGUAGUAGUUGAAAUAAUUGUGUUUUCUGCCGCAGUCAGAAUACAUCAGUCUUGUCCACCGCGGCAAUGUGGAAACUUUUAACAUGGGUCGUCCUCUGUGGACAAAUAGUACAGCACGUGUACGGAGUUGUUUGUGAACUUCCGGUCAAUUGUCCAAGUAAAACACAGAAAUAUCUGACGGACUUUGGUUACCUCGACCCCCACCGCUCCGAAUGCACCGAGGAGGACAUUAUGGCCGCCCUCACCAAGUUCCAAGAGCUGAAUAUCGGGUUCAAAGGACUCCACGUCACUGGAGGAUGUGACAACAUCACCACAUUUGUGAUGGACCAGCCCAGAUGCGGCUGCGAAGACAUCGUCAAGGGAAAUGAGACGAAAAUGAUGAAAAACACUAUCAGAUACGUGGACCCUUUGUCGCCGCAGGAGUUCCGGACCGGAAAUACGAAGUGGGGUUCACGUUCUCUCACUUGGUUCGUUGAGAAAUAUCCGGUGAAAAACAAUCACCUUACCCGCUCCCAGGUUGAUGACGCUAUGAGGAGGGGGCUGCAGAUCUGGGCAGACAAGACAAAACUAACAUUCACCAGAGCGGCAAAUUCGAGAGCGGAUAUCGUCAUAAGGUUUGAAACCAGACGUCAUACCACUAGCCCGCCUUAUUUUGAUUUCGACGGACAGGGGAACGUUCUCGCGCAUGCGUUUUUUCCGGAAUCGGGUCUUGUACAUUUUGAUGACGAUGAGCACUUUGUACUGAAUUCAAACAGUGGAACGGAGUUGUAUAUCGUAGCGGCCCAUGAGUUUGGCCACACCCUCGGAAUCUCACACUCUAACAUUAAGGAAUCCCUGAUGGCGCCCUAUUACCGUUACAGCGACAACCUACAACUUCACUCCGACGAUAUCUCGGCCAUUCAGUCCCUAUACGGGCCCCCGGAUGCCAAUCCCGUACAUACGACGAAUGCGCCUAUCCCAACACCCCGCCCAACCCCGCCCCGCCCGUCACCGGAAGUGCCCGACUACUGCAACAUCCAAGUUCAGGCGUCCUUUAGAAUUAGUGACACCUCCUACAUCUUUUCACGAGAAGUUGUCUCACAACGGCGACGCAUUCUAAAGGUCUACACAAUGACGUCAUCCGGUAUUUCGGUCCAGGGACGGGACAUUAGAGACGUGUUUAUCAAACGCCCAGGCAGCUCAUACCGUUACAGAUCGUAUCCGUAUCGUGUGGACGCUGCCACGUACAUUCCCAACAAGCAGUAUGUCCUUUUAUUUCAAGGAACCAAAGUUUAUGGAUACAAGCAAGACGGUAACGUCUUCUACUUGGACGUAGAGAACAACUAUCCGCGUUGGUUCGACACCAGAGAUUUCCCGGAGCUCCCGCGCGCGGCCGUUGCCAUGCCGUACUAUGGUUACAACAGCUACUACGUGCUCAUUUUCGGUAGUACCAUGGUCUGGAACUGGGACGUAAAUAAACACCGCGUCGGUGCCUGGGCGUAUCCCAUUGACGCCUUCGGCCGCAACAUGCCCCAGAAGGUGGACGCCGCCUACCUCCAGGACCGGAACUGGGCCAUCUUUAUCAAGGGAGAUAAAUAUUGGAAAUUUUCUGUCUUAAGCAGGAGGGUUCUGCAGGAAGAUUCGCAACUUCCGCUAAAGAAGGACCUGUUCAGGGGAAGGUGUAUGUAACAUGCUCAACGAAUGCUAGUUGUCGUAGUAUGUAAUAAUGUUCAUAUUUUUCUUUAUUCUUUGACUGAUUGUUUUGAAUAGAACGUUAAAAGUGUUUCUUAAAUCGAUCAACAUUGUAUAUUUCUUUUAUUAUUGAUAACAACACAUUACAAAAUAACAGUUUUAUAACAUAACACAUCAUUUUUCAUGUUAUAUACAGAGUUAUAAUCAUGAGUACAAUUAAUGUUAAAGAGAAACAAUGUAUGGCUUAUCAGGGCAUUGCGCUAGGUCCAUGCAAAUUGACAGCAUAUAUGGACUGCGAUGAAAUCUCCGAUUGGUUUAUCGUAAAAGGGUUUAAAAAUGAAAUGGUUUGUAAGUUUUUUGUUGUUUUUGAGGAUGCUGUUGUUGUUGUUUCAAGCAUAUAUUACUAUGAUUGACCUGCAAAAAAUAACGUAUUCUAAAUAUGAUUAUGAUAAUUCUAAUAUUAUGUUGUUGUUGUUGUGGAUGUUGAUGUGGAUGUUGUUAUUCUUUCAAGCAGAUACUACUAACAUUGGUGUUAAGAACAAUUAACGUAUUCUAAUAGUAUGCUGCUGUUGUUGUUGAUGAUGAUGUUGUUGUUAUGAGUUGUUGUUUGAAGCGAAUAUUACUAAAACAAAGGCUCUAUAUCCAAGUC